UUACAACUUCUUACGGGUCUGAAUGAACAGUACGAAAAUACCGCCUCUGUCAUCCAACAAAUGAAGCCUCUUCCUGAUUUCUAUGAUACCCGCUCGAGGUUAUGUAUGGCCGAAUCCCGCAAAAUAAAUCAGGUUCAUCAAUCGGCCCAAUCGGCAGGCACCGUUCUUCACACCGCGGCUGAGCCGCCACAUCAUGACAAGUCCGAUUCUCGGGAGCAGCGUAGUGAAUCUUCAGACAGGGGCCGCGGUCGCGGACGUGGCCGCGGUCGUGGAAGAGGGCGACACAACAGUAGCGGCGGUCGAGGUAGGGGAGGUUCAGGUUACUCCGGUCAAUCAUCUGGUGGCGGCGGUUAUCCGCAUACCCUUGGGAAUCAUAACAGUAGCGGCUUCUUCCCUUGGCCCUACUACACCCCUUGGGUCGGCCCAAAUGCUCCUCAGUCACCACAUAAUCUUCCUUGGGCUUCUAUCCCACCUUCUCCCUACCCAACUAAACCAACUAAUUCGGCUGCGGGCAUUCUAGGACCUCGUCCAAAUCAGGCUUUUGCUGCCAUGCCCACUGAUAUCAACCAGGCUAUGUACGCGAUGUCGCUAAACGACCCCUCUUGGGCCAUGGAUACAGGUGCCACAGGAUCUCAAGACUCGGAACCCUAUCCUACGAUGCAAUAGUUCUGGAGAUCUAUACACCUUUGAUCCAUCCCAAGUCAUCAAGUUCACUCCUCCUACCGCCCUCACUGCUAUUUCUCAAGACACAUGGCAUCAACGACUCGGUCACCCCAGAUCGUCUUUAUUGCAUUCUCUUAAACAUUCUGAUUUUAUUACUUGUGGACCUUUAAAGAAUAAUGUUUGUCAAU